UUUUUUCUAAUGUAUCUAAUCUCGUCCGGAUAAAGUCUCGCAGCUGUGGUGCAUUGUUUUUGUUAGCAUCUAUGCCACUACCUUCGUCGGCUACCUACAGUCUUUUGACUUUUCUCAUUGUUGUGUCAUUAGCGCACUUGUGUCCGAAUCAAGGGAAGCUGGAGUUUUUCCGUCGCAGUUACCAUCGGUCUUUCCUACAGAAUUUUGGACAAAUGGCUUGGCGUUCGAUGGGGACCGACAAUGCAGAUUUAGUGAAUCAGUUGAAGAACAAUGGCGUAAUCCGAACCGAGGCUGUGGCCCGGGCAAUGAUGGCAACCGAUCGGAAGUAUUACACCGUCCGUUCACCUUACAUAGACGCGCCGCAGAGUAUUGGACAUGGGGUCACAAUUAGCGCACCGCAUAUGCACGCCUUUGCCUUAGAAAUCCUGAAGGACAAACUUGUUCCCGGAGCAACAGUCUUGGAUGUGGGCUCCGGUUCUGGCUAUUUGACUGCAUGCUUCGCUCGAUUCAUUAAUGCUGCAGGGGGUGGAGGAAAAGUUGUAGGAAUUGAACAUCAGCCCGAAUUAGUAAAAAAGAGCAAGGCGAAUAUUGCAAUGGACGAUCCCAACCUGCUGGAAUCAGGGGAUAUUAUUUUAGUUGAGGGCGACGGGCGAAAAGGUUGCCUCGAAUAUGCUCCAUAUGAUGCGAUACACGUAGGUGCAGCUGCUCCUGACACACCCGUCGAAUUAAUUAAUCAGCUGAAAAAUGGUGGCCGGUUGGUUGUUCCAGUUGGCCCUGAAGGAGGCUCACAAUAUUUGGAACAGUAUGAUAAAGACGAGGGGGGAAACGUAACAAAUCAGCGCUUAAUGGGAGUUAUGUAUGUCCCACUAACGGAUUUGCACCGAUCUUGACUUUGGUUAGCAGCGAAAAUACUAUUUGUAGUAUGCUUAACAGCAAUUCUUGUCCUGCGUUUUACGAAACUUAUUUAAGAGAUGCAUAAAUAUGGAUAUAAAAUAUAUUUUUCUUUCGCGGUUCAACUAUUGCUAGCGAAUUUGCUAGUUAAUUUAUUUUUGCUUACAAUGGAAUAAUUUACCAAUUGUUUUUGAUAUUUUGGUAAAAAUCUGAUAUUGUGUUCCAGGUAGUUUUAAAGAUUGUGAUUUAUGUAAAAGAAAUGCAUAUUCUGAUUUGCUGAAUGUCGCUAUAUAUGUAAAAUUGAAAUCUAUCAAUUGCUUUAAUACUGAUUUGCCAGGUAUCUGGAUGUAUAUGGUAUGUCAGUGAAAUCUCAGAGGAUCUAAAUUUUGUUAUAUAAAAUAAUACUUUAUAAUAUAAUAACUUUAUUUUGAAAAUAAUGAUUUGUUCUUGGAUAAA